AUGUAUCGCAGCGGCAUGCGUUCGGCGCCCCGCGCUCUGAGCGCCGCCCGACAGUCGCCAAUUCGCGCAGCUCCCAGACGAUUCGCCUCAACAGCACCCGCCGACAAGCCCAGGACGUGGAAGGGCACGGCUGUGAGAUGGGGUCUCGCCGCUGGUGCCCUGUACUGGUACAACACGAGUCCGGUCUUUGCCGAGGAGCCCAUCCCCCGAACGAUCGCCGCCCCGUCCCAAUUCUCCGAGUCCGACCUCACCACCGUCGACGCCAUUGUCGAAGAGAAGCGCAAGCGAGCCAUCGUAAAGGCCGAGGAGGCCAAGCCCGCCGCCGCCGCCCCCCCCGUACCGACAGAGGCCAGCGAGCAGACCAGGGCGGCGCUCGAGGGUGAGGGCGCCGAGGGAAGCUCGGCACCCGCCCCCGGAUCCCCCGAGGCAUUGGAGGCCGAGGCCGAUCAGCAGGGUGCCUUCAACCCCGAGACGGGCGAGAUCAACUGGGACUGCCCGUGCCUGGGCGGCAUGGCCGACGGCCCCUGUGGCGAGGAGUUCAAGGCUGCGUUUAGCUGCUUCGUGUACUCCAAGGAGGAGCCCAAGGGCAUGGACUGCAUUGAAAAGUUCCAGGGAAUGCAGACGUGCUUCAGGAAAUACCCCGAAGUCUACGGCGACGAGCUGGCCGACGACGAAGACGCCGAUGAGGCCGAUGCCGCGCCCGCACUUGACGCCAACGCCGAUGCCACGGUUGCGCCACCUACCAAGGCCAUUGAGGAGAAGAAGGUGGACAACAAGGAGAUCAAGAAGGAGACCAAGGCCGACACCCCGGCGCCGGCCCCCAGAGCUGAGAUCAAGGCCGAAUCAAAGGUGGAGGAGAAGAAGCCCGCGCCGGUCGAGAAGCAGGAGAAGCCCAAGGCCCCGGCGGUGCCCUCGCCUGAGCCUGUUGACCUUACUCAGCCCAACAACAAGGCCGUCGAUGCUACUGCGGCGAACAACAUUUAA